AUGUCGGACAGCACGAACCAAAGACCACAGUCGAAAGUGACUCCGAGAUACGAUAUGAAGGGACCUUCGGACGACAGCCCCAAGGAGGGACGCGAAGGACUCGAUACGAAAACCACCCCACAGUAUCCGUCCAAAGUUUAUAGAAAUGAUGGCAAGGAGGCACCAACAGAUGAGACGGAAGCGUACCAGGAUGGUGAAAUUGUUAGAGAGCCCAGGAAGGCUGAUGGCAAAAAGUAA